AUGCCUGGAAAAGACGCUGGUACUCCCCGUGUCUUCCUCUACCGACAUGGUCAAACCGAGUGGUCCAAGAACGGACGCUACACCGGUGUCACCGAGCUUGAGCUCCUCAAGGAUGGCGAGAAUCAGGUUCGCGCCUCUGGCAAGAUUAUCGUUGGGUCGGGUAAAUUGAUUGAUCCCGCCAACCUUGCCCAUGUCUACAUCAGUCCUCGCAGGCGUGCAAUGCAGACUUUCGAGAUUGCUUUUGAUGAUGCCGAUCAAAAGACUCUGCGAGAUGCCAACAAAAUCUCCCAGACCGACAGGAUUGCCGAAUGGGACUACGGUCUUUACGAAGGCAUGUUGACAAAGAACAUUCGUACUUUGCGAAAGGAGCACGGUCUCGAUGCCGAGAAGCCUUGGGACAUCUGGCGCGAUGGAUGUGAGAACGGAGAGUCUGCCCAGCAGGUGACAGACCGCCUUGAUGACCUCAUUCGGGAGAUUCGUUCCAUUCAGAAGGAUAACAUGCACGGCGAGAACCCAUCCGAUGUUCUCCUUGUCUCCCACGGUCAUCUUCUUCGUGCCUUCACCAAGCGUUGGCUUGGAUAUCCUAUGGAAUUCCCUCUUUCCUUGAUGCUUGACCCUGGCGCUGUUGGUGUUCUCAGUUACCAACACCACAACAUCGAUGAGCCCGCUAUGCUGGUGGGAUAUGGCUUCCCUGUCGAGGAGGAAUAG